AGUGAAGCAGAAGUGAACCCCAAAGCUUACCCGCUGGCUGAUGCACAGCUCACCAAAACUCUGCUGGACCUCGUGCAGCAGUCCUGCAACUAUAAGCAGCUACGCAAGGGAGCCAAUGAAGCCACCAAGACGCUGAACCGGGGGAUCGCGGAGUUCAUCGUGAUGGCGGCGGACGCAGAGCCCCUGGAGAUCAUCCUGCACCUGCCCCUGCUCUGUGAGGACAAGAACGUGCCCUACGUCUUCGUGCGCUCCAAGCAGGCCCUGGGCCGCGCCUGCGGCGUCUCCCGCCCCGUCAUCGCCUGCUCCAUCACCAUCAAGGAGGGCUCCCAGCUGAAGCCCCAGAUCCAGUCUGUCCAGCAAGCCAUAGAAAGACUGUUGGUCUAA